ACAGGACUCGGAAAGGAUAGUAAAAGCAAAGUUAUCUGGUUUAAACAGGGUCUAUCAAUGGGUCAAGUUUACGUUACAGUACAGUGACCGAAUUGUUAAAUCUGGCCACUAACAGAACAUGGCAAGGACAUGUGAUCGUCUUAAAAAAUACUACCUGGUCCAUUGAAGAUCAAAUAUUGGUCACGUGAAAACAGGUAAAAAUAUAUACAAAUACAUUGGUAUACCUUUACGUCAGGUAUAAUCGACAUACUAUACAUGUGUAUUGCAUGAAGGAAUUAUGAUUUAUCAAAUAUUAAAUGAAAAUGAAGUUGUGGAAUUAGAAAAAGAACUGAAGAAAACAUUACCAGGUACAGCAAAGAUUUAUUACGUUAUAAGAAGUUUUGUCAAUGGUAAUUUGCAAGGUUAUGAAGUACUGGUAGACAACUGGCCAUCGUGGUCAUGUAUUAUACUUCGGCCACAUUCAGAAAAACAGGUACCUAGAUAUUUUAGUCAUACUUAUAUGUGUCAUUCGAAAAGUGUAACAGCGUUGAAAUACUUCAUUCAGAGACCAGGAGUUAUAAACUGGGAGGAACCCGUUACUUUUACAGGUGUACCAAAUGAUAUUAUACCUGUUAUCACAGAACUGAGUCGAAAACAUGGCGCCACUGUAUCAUCUAAGGAAUCCAGAUUUAUGUAUUGUUGGACCAAACCAGAACCCCCUCCUCUACCUCAAAUACCAGAUGAUAUAUGUCUAGGAACAUUAGAACAAAAACACGUAGAAACAAUGAAGGAGGACUGGGAAUCUACACGAUACAGGGAAGGUUUAGAGGGAUAUUUCUCUGGUGUUGUACAAAACUUUGACAGUAGUUGUGUAACUGAUAAAGAAGGGAAUCUCUUAGCCUAUAUAUGUAUGCAAUAUAAUGGCGCCAUGGCUAUGUUGUAUAUAAGACCAGAAUACAGACAGUGUGGAUAUUUUAAUAUACUUCUUAGUGACCUUACUCGCAAACGCCUCGCAAAAACAGAAGUGGCGUAUGCAUUCAUUCCUGUUCAAGAUACGCAACUCAUAAAACUAGCUCGGGAAUUUGGAUUUGAAUGGGUGCCAGAAGGAAAUAUGACUUGGAUUAGAUACAAUCCUCCAGCUCAACCAAACCGUCUUUCAAAUGUUACCAAAUCCGUAGAAGCCAAAUCUAGCAACUUGGAGGAUUGUUUGAAUCAUUUUAAAAUCAACGCCAUUCCUCUAACUACUUUGUGAUAACAACACGGAAUCGUUGUAGGCACAGUUAGUAUGGAUAAGGAGAAUAACAAAAAUCAAAUCAUUUUCAAUUCAUAAAAAAAGAAAAAUCCUAGCUAUGCAUCUACAGAAGAGUUUCUAGUUUUGAAUUCAUCAUACAGCAUAUAUUUAUUGCAAAAUCAAAUGACUCGCUAUAAACUUGGAUAAACAAGCUAAUCAUUUUGGUUUUUAUUUGUUAUUGUUUAUUGUUGUUAUUUAUUUCCAUAUCGUGUUCAUUGUUACUUACAAAUAAAGUAAUCAUAAGUUGUAAUAACUUAAAUAAAUUAAAAAGAUGGUGCAUAGAUGAU